CAACACAAGAGUAUACAUCUGUACUCCACACUGCGAUGUUCGGAAGAAAAGAGAAGAAGAUAUUACCGUUUUUUCUCGGUGACAGAACCACGCACACACGAGAAGGGACACGAAUAUAAAGUCACCGCAAGGUUUGUCUCCAAGCGUCGUCCAGAGGACGUGAAGGAGGUGUUAGUGUGGAGGAGGUACAGUGAACUGAAGAAGCUAUAUGGAGAGCUGUCGUACACACACAGAAACCUGUUCAGGAGACAGGAGGAGUUCCCUUCGUUCCCUGGCGCUCAGCUCUUUGGUAGGUUUGAUGAAGGGGUGAUCGAGGAGAGGAGGAGUGCAGCUGAGGCCAUGCUCCUGUUCACCACCAAUAUCCCUGCUCUCUACAACAGCCCUCAGCUAAAGGACUUCUUUAGGGGUGGAGAGGUGAUCAGGCCAUUAGACCCCUCUCCUCUCUCCUCCUCCACCCCCCUCCUCCCCCCCUCAUCCCCUCCACAGCGGCAAGGCUCAGACUGUGAACCAGCGGCGGAGGAGGAGGGACCGAGGCCCUAUCCAACCCAGAAGUUGGGCCUUUCACUGGGCACGGAUCUAGUCGAGCCUGAGGUUGCAGCUGAGGCCUAUAGUGAGAUGGGGGGUUCUCCUACUCCAGUGGCAGUAACAACCUACAGCUGAGAGGAGGAAGAGUUAACGGACCUUCCUGAUAUACCCGGCGAUCUGAAGCUGGACGACAGAGUUCUUACUCCGUUCCAGCCCUGCGUCCUCAGGACAGACCAAUCACAGUCUCAGGAGGAGUUUGAUUCGCUGUUCGAUUCUGUGAUGCGGGAGGAGCCUACAGAGGAAGUACCGCCCCCUCCUCUCUCCGACAACGACCUCGCCAUCUUCGACCCCUGUGUUAAAGAAGGUCAGAGGUUACACACGCGCACGCGCGCGCACACACACACACACACACACACACACACUAUUACAAUCAAGUGCCACCACAGAUAUGUCACUUUUUAAAACCACUUUUUAUCCAGUUACAGGAAACGGCAACAUUACAGCAACAUGACACAAUAGGGACGGG